AUGGCUAUUCGUGAGCGAUUGCGCCGCGUGCUUCCCGGCUCGUCCUCGUCGAAUCUCUCAUCCUCUUCGACGGGAAGCAUCUCUCAGGCGGACAGCAACACCCCAGCAACGAGCAACGGAAGUGCCCAGUCGUCGUCCUCUUCAUCCGGCAAGCUGACCGACAAACUCCCCUGGAACCGGUCCAGCAAGGGCAAGGACAAGGAGCAGCGCAAAGAGGACAGGGAGGACAAAAAGCAGGAGCGUCGCCGGAGGCGCACCACCGGUGUCAUCCAUCCCCGCGACAAGCCCCUGACCGAGUCCAACCUUCGUCAUCAGGAGAUGCUCUCGGCCUUUGAUUUUUCCUUUGGCUCCAGCCCCAGCCGCCUCAGUCAGGUCGUUCCCCCGGACUACAUUGGCAUCAGUCCCUGCUGCACGCGUGCGCCCAGCCUAUACUUGCCAGGCGACGACGACGACGAUGACGACGACGACGACGACUGCUCUCCCACCACCGAAGAAUCGUCUCCUACUGUCAGCCGACAGAACUUUGAAGAUUCUUAA